AUGUCUCCUUCAGCAAUCGGUAACUCCCACUGCCACAACGGCAAUGGCAUCGACCAUGCCCCAAGGCCGGCCCUGGCCCCGGGGCUCUAUGUUCCGACGGUAGCUUUCUUCCGUUCCGACGACUCAGUGGACAUUGAGACAACCACCUCCCACGCCAUCCGUCUAGCGAAGGCUGGCGUUGCCGGUCUUGUUACUCAUGGCUCUAACGGUGAAGCCGUGCACCUUGACCACGCCGAAAGACAACUCAUCAACCAAACCACACGAGCAGCACUCGACUUGGUCGGAAAGAGCGACCUCCCUCUACUAGUUGGCUGCGGAGCACAGUCAACAAGAGAAACCAUUCAAUUCUGCCAAGAAGCUGGCGCGUCAGGCGGCAACUACGCUCUAGUUCUUCCACCGGCAUACUAUGGAGGCCUUCUGACUACCGAGCACAUCCUGCAACACUUCCGGGAGGUCGCAGAUGCCAGCCCUAUCCCUAUCCUCAUCUACAACUUCCCAGGCGCAUGCAGUGGUCUGGAUCUCAACUCAGAUACCAUCAUUGCACUCUCAGAACAUGAGAACAUUGUUGGUGUGAAGCUGACCUGCGGUAAUACUGGCAAGCUGGCGCGGAUAGCUGCUGCUACAGUCCCGAAGAAGGGCGACACUGGCCCCCUGUUUCGUACCUUUGGCGGCAGCGUUGACUUCACUCUGCAGACGCUGGUCGUCGGGGGUCAUGGUAUCAUCGGUGGAACUGGGAAUAUUGCGCCUCUUGCUUGUGUAAGGCUCAUGGAGCUGUGGGACAUAGGAAAACUGGAGGAGGCGCGGGAGCUUCAGGCUGUUGUAGCGCGUGGUGAUUGGACGGCGAUCCAAGGUGGAUUUGUCUCAGUCAAGGCGGCGCUUCAAGAGUACUACAACUAUGGGGGUCUUCCGAGAAGGCCUUGCGCCUUAUUGGAAGGCGAGAAGCUCACCAAACAACUCGAAGGGUUUUCUGAACUGGUUGCAGUUGAGACGGCGUUACAGAAAUAG